AUGGAGGGCGACGGCGGGCCACAUGCGCUGUACGUUGCGAUGCAGCCGUUUGUUCUGCCGACAAUCAUCCAUGAUCCAGAUGCGCAAGACGAUGAGGAAGAGGAUGCUGGGAUGUCAGAUGAGGAAGCUGUGAGAGUGGAGGAGGGGCAGGAUGAAGAAGGUUUUGAUUAUGCAGAUCCCAACUUUGAGGAUUCUGCUGCAUACAGAUACGACGAUGAUCACAAUAAGCCUGUGGACCUGGAUAACUCUGACGAGGCUUUGCUUGGCGAAAGUGUUGGAUACAUGGACGACAUGCCUGCAGCAGAUCUGGAACAACAAAGUAUUUAUACAGAUGACCAUGCUUAUGCUGAUGUGGAUGAUGCUAGGGAAUCAACAACUAGUGAUGUUGUAUUUAUUCAGCCACCUCCUGUCCAAAUCAGGGGAGACCACACUUAUGAUAUAUCACCGAUGCUGCAUGACAAGAACUUGCCAGAGGGAUGGAGUCGGCGUGUGGUACAGCGACUUAACGGCAAGUCGGCAGGGAAAUACGACGUGUACAUUUACAGCCCAUCUGGAAAGAAGAUGAGGUCAAAAACGGAACUGGCUACAUUUGUUCAAGAGAAGCAGCUAGACUUGGAUGUGGAGGCUUUUGAUUUCACGGUACGAGGCAAGCAUCAUAGUACAAACCAGGGAAGUGUUACUCGGAAAGGUCAGAGGAAAAACAAAUCUGAGAAAAGGGAGAAACAAAGCAUGAUGUCUCCAAAUGCCAAAUCUCCUGUAAAAACGAGAUUGACACCAAAAUCAUCAACAAAAACACUGAAAACAUUAUCCAAAACCCCAGGCAAAGCUGGAAAAUUGAAGGCAGUAAGAUCUGGAAAAUCACAUAAACGUGAAAUCAAAGAGACAACUAGUGAAAGUGUGAAAGUUUCUCCAAAACUCAGUCGGAAACGGUCUAGAUCUAUGACUAAAGCUGAUUCCCCUAAAGGAAGAGACAAAGUUAAACGCAAAAACCUUUCACCCAAGAAAACACUGGCCCAGAAACUUGUGAUUAAAAUGGCAUUUUGGUCUGGAAUGAAACGUAAGGGUGAUGCUGUUGAUGAAGGCCCAGUUAUAAAGAAACAGAAAAAGAAAGGGAAAGGAAGAGGUCGUGGUCCAAAAACAAAAGUAGUGGAGGAAACUGAGGAAGAUUCUGUGACGAAAAACGGAGGGAAAUCUGCCAUAAGUGACCAGGAAGAUGUGAACAAAUUUGAUAGUUUUAAUGAGAAAUUAGACUCUCCAACAAUGGACGAUGAGUAUAAGGAUUCAUUCCCAGAUGAGAAUAUGAACUCCGAACAGUCGCCUGCGUUAAAUCCACAUAUGUUAGUCCAAACGAACAUUACUGCUUCAUUGUCUCAAGAUUUGAAGAAAAGAGAGUCUGGUAAGAAAGUUGUGAAGAAGCUGAAAUCCCAUGGUGAUAAUAUCUUUGACUUGUUUCAAAAUGUUGGUAUGGACAGUAAGAACAUGUGUGAUAGCAGUGCAGAGGAAACCGAAACAGUGCCAGCAAUUCCUGAACCUGUCAUGGUUGAACCUGCCAAGGUGGAAACCGAACGACGACCUUCGCGACAAAGAAUGCGCAGCAAGCGAUAUAGCUCUGAUAUCUACAGUGUUGACGAACCAAAAGUUCAACGCAACUCUUCACGAAGACAGUCAGCGACUAUGUCGCCUUCCGUAUCAAAGACUUCAAAACUGAGUACUGAUUUGGAAAGUACGGCUGUGUUGGGGGGUCCCGUCAUUAAUGUUGACACGAGCAGUGUCCAGCUGCCCGGUGGUAUUGCCCUGAGUGACGGUUUGGUCAGUGGUGCUACAGCCCCUGGUUUGGUCAGUGCUGAUGUGGUCAGUGGGGCAGUUGUUAGUGGUGGGAUGGUGACUGGGGAACUGGUCAGCGGUGUUUAUGUAAUGGCGAGUGUUGUUGCGGCCAAUCCCGAAGGAAUCGAUAUGUCGCAGGUUGUCACUCCAGCAUAUACUUACUGUCUGGGUAAUCCUGAAGGAACAAACUUAUAUACAGAUCCCAUGGAAGCUAAUGCUAUUGUGUCAGACAGUAGCACUGUUCAAGAUGUUUUAAAUACAAAAAAUAGUGAAACACAAUAUGACGAUACAGUUGAUUCUGUUAAAGAUACAAAUACAACUCCUGGGAUAUCGGAAGACAUUUCUAACAAAGUUGAAGAAGGACGUUUGUCUCCUUCAAGUUCACCAUCCCCUAUCAAAGUACAAACUUCACCCUUGAAAAAUUCACCCGUUAAAUUUCCUUCUGCAAAAAAAUCACCUGUUAAAAUUUCCUCUGCAAAAAGUUCACCUGUAAAAAAUUCAUCAAAAACUGAAAGGAAGCCUAUUGUCUCCUCAGGGGAAACGAAAGACAAGCUCUGUUCAUCCCCUGUUGAGAAUUUGGACAAUUUGUUUACAUUUAUUAAGAAUGUUCCAGUGUCGCCACGGCAUCAGAGGAGAGCUAGUAAUGAGGAAGGUCCAAGGUCAUCACCACUUUUAUCUAGUCCUGAAAGGUCAAGGUCACGGAGUGUCUCCAUGUCCACCACAUCUUCUCAACUUGCCAGUGAAGAAAUCAGCCAUGUAGAAGAUAUCCCAUCAGAUUCUGAUGAUGAUGACUUUACACCGACGCGACAGCUAUCCGCCGAAAUAGAGAGCAAGUACUUUGCCCACGGCAAGUUUCUUCCUCGUCCCGAACUCCACCGAGAUACCACCUGGGCCCCUCCAAAGUCUCCCUACUGUCUCAUACAGGAGAGUCUCUACCACGACCCCUGGAAACUCCUCAUCGGCACUAUUUUCCUCAAUAGGACCACAGGCAAGGCAGCUAUCCCUCUUCUGUGGAAGUUUUUCAACAAAUGGCCAAAUCCAGAUGCCGCAAGGAAAGCUGACGCUGCAGCCAUUGCCAGGCUUCUUACGCCUCUUGGGCUUCAUGAAAAGCGAGCAAAAAUUAUCAUCAGGUUUUCUGAUGAGUUUCUUACCAAAGACUGGACCUACCCUGAGGAACUCCAUGGAAUCGGAAAAUACGGAAAUGACUCCUAUCGGAUAUUUUGUGUUAAUGAAUGGAAAAGGGUUCAGCCAAAGGACCAUAAGCUGAAUGACUAUCACAAGUGGCUUUGGGGCAACUUCAAACAGCUUGGUAUUGACUGAGGAGGCAGCCUGCCCAGAUUUGAGAUUUAUAUUGGAGCUCCUGACUGAUACUGAGUCAGUGGUUAGAACAAGAUUCAUCCUCAGUCUUGAGACAUGUCGGUUAUAUUGUUAUGGAUACCUUGUAUUUCAAUGAAAGUUUGUACAUAUAUAUUUAUUUUUUUUAUCAGCGAAUUACAAUUUUUUCUGAUAAAAUGAAAGCAAGUUUUCCAGGAGAGUGAGAUAUAUAUUUAUGAUUUUUGUGUAUUGAAAGUACAUUAGAUGUGAGAGCCUGGUAUCAUUAUUAACUUGAGAAAACUUACUGCAACUAGGUACAUCACCGCAAACUUAACCCAUCGGCUCAUUACAGCACUACACGUCUUCGUACAUUGACUGGGUACAUCACCGCAAACUUAACCCAUCGGCUCAUUACAGCACUACACGUCUUCGUACAUUGACUGGGUACAUCACCGCAAACUUAACCCAUCGGCUCGUUACAGCACUACACGUCUUCGUACAUUGACUAGGUACAUCACCGCAAACUUAACCCAUCGGCUCAUUACAGCACUACACGUCUUCGUACAUUGACUGGGUACAUCACCGCAAACUUAACCCAUCGGCUCAUUACAGCACUACACGUCUUCCUACAUCGACUAGGUACAUCACCGCAAACUUAACCCAUCGGCUCGUUACAGCACUACACGUCUUCGUACAUUGACUGGGUACAUCACCGCAAACUUAACCCAUCGGCUCAUUACAGCACUACACGUCUUCGUACAUUGACUGGGUACAUCACCGCAAAUCUUGACCCAUCAACUCCGUAGAUCACCCCCCAUCUGGACACAUCAACUCGGGACAUCACCGCAAAUCUUGACCCAUCAACUCCGUAGAUCACCUGGACACAUCAACUCGGGACAUCACCGCAAAUCUUGACCCAUCAACUCCGUAGAGCACCCCACGUCUUGACACAUCAACUUGGUACAUCACCGCAGAUCUCGACCUAGCAGCUCGAUGCAGCUUUGCUCAUCUUGACCCAUCAACUCUGUACAGCACCAUAAAUAGCAACCCAUCAACUCAGUACAGCUCAUGUGUUGACACAACAUUUGUAUAGAACCAAAAGUCACCACCGAUCAUGAUUUAUACCUAAGUAUGGGAGGAAUUCAAACACGGAUCCUGAUAGAUCAGGAAUGUAGCCAAUCAUGUGUUCUUGUAAAUUUUCUUUUGUUUUGUUAAUCUUAACCCUUUCACCCCUACUGACUGUAUUGAACUUCAAAUGACGAAUGAAUGGCUGAGUCCACUAAAGUUUCUUAGGGUUGAAUAGGUUAAUAUCCACAGGACUUAAACAAGCGUUAAAGAUGACUGGUACAUGUUGUAGGCUGUGGAAUCUGGUGACUUCAGUAUCCAUGUAAAAAUGUAUUGUUAUCAUGUAGUUAUAAUCUUUGUUAUAGUGUCUUUAAAAGUGACUGUUCUAAUAAAAAAAUUUGUUUCAUAAUUAUAGUAAGUCGAUGUUUUGAAUUCAGCAAUUGAUUUUAUUAUAAUCAUGUGUCAUUUUGAAGAAAAUGUAUGAAACCUGUUCUAAAUUGUUUCACAUUGAAUCUUGUUAUUAUAUUAAAAUUAAUGUAACGUUAUACAAGAUUUAAUUGAAUUGGUAUAAUUAUGUGAAAGUUAGAAGUAUUUCCUCUGACAGGAAUAAUCAGGAGCUUCAGAGCUUUUACUGCAGUUUUUAAAGGUCUUUUUUAAUAUUUGAUGAACCUGCAAUACAGGAACUUGGGAGAGUAACGAUGUGACAAGAUUAAUAAGAAUUCAAAGCGAUAAUGGUUUAUGUUGAAGUUAAUUAUUUUGAAUGUAUUGUAUCAAUGUUAUUAGAAUGAACAUGUUCAAAAUUGCUUUUGUAUGUGAUUUUAAUGGGAAGUAUUCUAAUUUGUGUUUUUGUUCACCAACUAUUGUUAUUGAAAAAAGACAGCCCAUAGCGCAAUGCCAUGUAAAGAAAUUAGAUUGGAGCUCGCAUAUUCAAUUUAGCAUGAGACAUACUAGCUUAACAUCAUACAUGAUAGUAAAAAUCAAAAACUCACCAAAGGUGAAAAUGUAUAUUUGUAUGUACAUGUAUGUAUUUAUUUUGGAAGUGAGUAUACCUAACAAUAUUAAUUGAAAAAUAAUAAACAUAAUUGUUCUUUAGGUACAAGUUGAGAAUUCAGGAAACAAAUUUUUUUUUUUUUUUUUGUCUUCUUUUUUAAACAAUUGUAGCUGGAAAUGCUGAUUGCAGAUUUAUUGACAAAACACUGGAUACUUAUGUUAAUGUUUAUGUAUAUGAACCCACCAUGAUUGACUGGGUUCAACAAUUACAAGGGAGACAACUGUUUUUAUCAUGUACAUUUUAUAAGGAUCUUUGACUACAAUUGAUUUUAUUUAGAAUUUUUCUUUGUUGUACAUGAAUUAAUUGUAUAAUUUCAGUUGCUGUUAUAGAAAUAAAAUUAUUAUGAUUAGAGUAACAUUAAUAUUAAUUUGAAGUAGAAAAUUAGUUUUGACAAAGAAUUUGUGACUUGGUCAUGAUGGAGAUCACAUGGUAUGCAGUUGAUAUACAGGGAACAACACACUAGGUUU